GAUCAGUGCAGUUCAGACUAUGUGCAAUCUAACGAAAGCAUUUGACGGGCACAGCGGUGUGUUGAGAGGAUUUUCGAGUUUGUAGUAUAGAAGAAGUCUGGAUUUCCUUGCUCUGGGUUAUGUUGGAAUUGCAUCGAGUAUCGAGAAAGCCUGUUAAGGAUAUUCCAACAUUUUAGGCGCAGAUACACCCGAACCAAUAAACCUUAUCUGCAACAAGAUCCAAGGCCAAUUUUUUUGCCGAGAUGUUCGUCCCAACUUUUGUUGUUUUCCUCGCUAGUUUCGUUACCGCAGCACCCCUUUCCACCGACAAAUGUGAGCCAGUUGGGACAGUUGAACACGAGUAUACCCUUGGUGGAUGCAAACCCGUAAUUUUCUUUUAUGCUCGUGGUUCCACUGAAACAUUCAACAUGGGUAAUGCUACCUACAGUCCGGGUCCACCAACGGCACAAGGUCUUCAGGAUACAUUUGGUUGCGAGAACAUUGCUAUUGAGGGGAUAGACUAUGGGGCUCUGCUGGCGACAAAUUACCUGCCAGGAGGGGCUGAUCCGGUGGAAGCUCUGGCGAUGAAAACACUUCUCAUCGAUGCAGCAACUCAGUGCCCAACUUCGUCUCUCCUGGUAGGAGCAUACAGUCAAGGCGCAGCUCUUACACACCGAGCAAUUGAGAAUCUGCCCAAGAAAGUGAAGAACCUGAUCUCAGGUGUGGUGCUCUAUGGCGAUACUCAGAACUUGCAAGAUCGAGGACGGAUUUCCAAUUUCUCGAAAGCAAAAACAUUGAUCAUUUGCAAUGACGGGGAUGUGAUUUGUGCAGGAAAUUUGACCAUAACUUACCCGCAUAUCGGAUAUGUGGCUAGGGUCCCAGAGGCGGUGGCUUUCCUUGUCAAUCAGGUUGAGACUACUCGGAGAUGGGAAUUUGGCAAGCAACGAGGAGUAGAGACUGAGUUUUAGUACACCGGAACUUAUGGCGUUACGUGGAGGAUUAGGUUUGUCUCUUUGAAGAAGCGUAUCGGAAACUCAAAGGACUCCGAAGUAAUUAUGUGUACCAUACCGAACAUUGGAGGGCUUUUUCGCCUUUCGUGGACACGACAUAAAAGAUUUUACAGGUUCAAAACAACAGUAAUGUCUCAAAACUACAAUUUCACUAA